AUUUGCCUCAAGGGAAAGGCUUGGCACCUUCCUUCUCCGGUCUUCGAGGCGGCGAAGCUGGCGUUGCGGAGUAACGAGCCUUGUGACGGAUAAACUACGGAUUCAUAUUUGGAAGGUCCUGUAGGUCGAUGCUCCAGUGCCUUCACCAAGCACCUUAAGGCACAGAUACCCAAUGAACCUCAUUGUAUACUGCCCCGUGGGGAUGGUCGGAAAAAUGCAAAUAUGAAGGACUCGUUGGUCAGGGACGUUACACCCGUCUCAAGCGACGAUGUUCCGCAGGUUCCUGACGACUAUAUAGUUGUAUCAGGUUGUGCUCUCAAUUACCAUCCGAGCACGCCAUUUCAGAAUGUUCUUGUCUACUCUCUUCGCAGCGGUUCUAGGUGCUGCCUCCGUUAGUGCUCAUGCUACGUUCCAAGACCUGUGGGUCAAUGGUGUUGACGAAGUUGGAACGUGCGUUAGGACGCCCGCCAGCAACAGCCCUGUUACAAGUGUGACGACGCCAGAUCUAGCUUGUAACGUCGGAGGAACGACUGCGGCAGCCUCCACCUGUACCGUUCCUGCGGGUGGUACCGUCACUGUUGAAAUGCACCAGCAACCUGGGGACCGUAGCUGCUCUACCGAAGCCAUUGGAGGAAAUCAUGAUGGUCCCGUUAUCGUUUACAUGGCCAAGGUUGAUAACGCAGCUACUGCUGUUGGCUCCAGCGCCAACUGGUUUAAAAUCGCUCAAACAGGCCUGGUCUCUACAGACUAUUGGGCUACGGAUGUCCUCAACGCGAAUUGCGGUAAGAUGGAUGUAAAGAUUCCUGCCGAUAUUGCUCCUGGGAACUACUUGCUUCGUGCUGAAGUUAUCGCACUUCACGUUGCUGGAAGCGUUGGCGGUGCUCAGUUCUACAUGUCAUGCUUCCAAAUCAACGUUACUGGCGGUGGAUCAGCUAGCCCACCAACUGUCAAGCUUCCAGGUGCCUACAGUGCGACUGACCCAGGCAUCCUCUUCAACCUCUAUGGUUCCUACACCAGCUAUACUAUUCCUGGACCCCCAGUCUACGCCGGCGGAGCAGGCCCAGCUCCAACUUCCGCUCCAGGAAGCACUACGACUGCUGCGCCUCCCCCGGUGACAACGACGACUGCGGCUCCACCCGCAACCUCAACUGUGGCAGGUACGGUUACCCAGUAUGGCCAGUGUGGUGGAAUUGGCUGGACCGGCGCAACUGCAUGUGUCUCCGGCUUCACCUGCACAAAGCUCAACGAUUACUAUUCUCAGUGUAUCUGAUGCACCGGCCUUUAUACCUUAUCAAGAGCGUGACUGGUAUGCAUGUAAUAUGCGAUUGUCCAACUGCGUUCAUACUCAAGUGCAUUCAUCUGAGAAUGCCAGUGAGAUCGCGUGGCGUAUAAUUAAACUUAAAAAAAAUACGAGAAAUACAGUGGAUGAGUUGCGAGGCUGUUGUGCAACGACGGCUCAUAUCUGGGAACUACCCAUUAUUUCAGUACUUGGAUUGCCCAGUCUGAUACUAUAGCAGUGACUUUGAUGCCUGUUCAUGUUUUUGUUGGAAUGAUAACAAUGCACUAUACGCAUGCAUGGCGUAUGAUAACAAUGCCCAUGGCUGAGUUGAACAUAGAGUCUCUAGAUUCGUUACACGAUUCAGUAGUCAAAUGGUAUGGACUAUAAAAUGAUACAUGAAGA